AUGAAACCUACUGAUUAUUAUAGAGAAAUAAAUGAAUCUGAAGAAAUGGAACACCAUGAUUUAUUGGAACAUAUCCGACGACGGUUUUUAAGCGGUGAAUAUAAUGCGAAUAGCCGGAAGAACUAUGGAGUUGAGAAAGCUGCAAAUAAAGCUCGGAAACUUCGUAUGACGUGUCGCAAAGUCCCGUCUACGAAGAAUACAUUUGAAGAAAAUGUGUUACGAAAGGCAGAAAGUAUCCGCACUUCUGCUGCUUUUAAGCAGUGCUGUACAAGAUUGAACAGUUAUGAAGAUGAGAAUGUUGAAAUUAUUACUAAGCCUUACAAUUCCAUGCUGUCAUUACAUACUUCGGAAAGGGUUUCCCAAGUCGAAAAGAACAGCUGGAAGAAAAGUAUAGAAUGUUCUCGCAGUAAGCAGUUCUCUCCCGGUACCUGCAUUUCUCGAAGUUGCGCGUUCAAGUCGGCAUUAGCAUCUGCAGAAGAGUAACCACGAAUAACAAAAGUUGUGGUUGAUGGCGAUAGAUUUUUGCGAAAUAGUAAAAUGAAUUCACAUCUAUUGCAAUCUACGCGCUUGUAUAACAAGAACAGAGUGGAUAAGAAGGACAAAGUAAUGCAGCCUCAAAUUGCGACGAUAUCGCAACAUAUAGAUUUGAAUAUAAAUGGCUGUGGACAUAGUAGUUCUUGCGACGAAAUCAAUGUUAAAAUCAACCAAUCAUUUAGCACAUUGAAUAACCUGGAAGACGAUAUCGAUAAAGCAGCACGUUUUUUACAAGCAUCAUUUUCAAAUCGAUUGUCAAUUUCUUCACAGUUCGAGUACGGUAAAAUGAAUGAAAAAGAAUACAUUACGAGAAAGCGUUCUUACAACGAUCAUCUCCUUCCUAAGCAGGAUAUCAAAGGUCUAACAUCUGGUAAAAUAUUGGGUUGUCGGCUGAAAGCUCACAUUGCUUAUGGAAGAAACGUCAUCGAAAUGAGCCAGCAUCUUCGGGAUGUUCGCGAUGCAUUCACUAACCAAAUUUUGUUACAUAAACAUGAAGUCUGUGAUGGCAGGAUGUAUCAGUCUUCUCAGUAUCAUCAGGAUCGAAGCUAUGAUCCACUUAAUUUACCCAUAUCGUCAUUCUCAAAAAUAGACUCAAUGCAGAAUGACGUCAAUGAUGAUGAUGAUGAUGCAAAAAAAAUAGUGCGAAGUACAGAAUCUGAAAUUACGCCACAAACGGUUGUGCAGCAAGAAAAGAACUCCGAUAUGGAAUUAAUAGAUAAGUCACUGUCGACACACUCCAUCUGGAAUGACGUCGGUCACAGUGAUGAAGUCAAUAAUUCACCGACAUACUCAUCCCAAGAAUUAUUAAAGCGUGAGCAUUAUGCAAGUAAUACUGUAAAAGCUCUUCGACAAUUCUAUAAAGAUAGUAUGCUGUAUUUUGUUGAACUUCGUAGAGUAUAUCAUCAGCGAAAGGUUGAAGAUUUUUGGAAAGUGGAAAAUGAAGAAGAAAGAAUAAAGGCGGCAUGUUUAUUGCUAAAACGAAAAUACAUCGAUUCAGUUCGCAGCGCAAUGCCCAUGAAGAAUUUGGUGGAUUAUCAUUUGCAUGAGACCGCUCGAAUACAACUGCUUAAUCUCGAUUUACAGAAACAUUUGAUACUAUUAAAAGACAGCGCAAAGAAUUUCAAUUUCGAAAAAUUCCGUCACGGUUCGGAGAAAGUGCUUCUUUUGACGAAAGAUUUCGAAAAAAAUAAUUUGGCGAAUGAAUUGGAGAGAUGGGAACGAAAAUUAAGGACACGUUCACGUUUUAAAAUUGAUGAAGAUCCUGCUACAAACACUGACAGUACAAGAUCAUUAUUUUCAAAUCCUCUUCGAGUUGUUCGAAAUAUCCAGGAAGUGAAAGUUCGAAAUCCAAGUUACAACAGGAAUUUGCAACAACUGCGUGAAGAGUUAAAAUGGAAGAGAAGAGAGGCGGAUUUCCUGAAGCGGACAUUCGAUAAGAGAGUAAUGCGCAAUGAUCAGAGGCACGAAAACUCAUUGAGGGCACAAAUCGACGCGCAUGUGCAUUAUAUUACGGAAACGGAAAAAGACAUUGCACGACUGAUUAAAUUGCAAAAUGAGAACGAUGAUAACAAUGAGAGAUUGGCUGUUGUCUCAACAGGAAGUUAUGAAAGUUGUCCAGCACCAUCUUCGGAAUUUUCUUCAGUGGAAGUUAUUGCAGAGAGAAUGGAUGGAAGAUUUUUAGAAACUGAUAAAAAUAGAACGAAUUUCAUUGCUGAUGUUCACCCCACAAACAAAUCCUGCAAUUCAGAGUGGGACCUUGAAAAUCGAAAUGUAGAAAGCACUCAUUUUCCGGAACUUAUAUUGGAGGAAAAGUCCGGAACUAUUGAUGUUUCUGACAGGUAUAAAAGUCCUUACUCACCAGAAAAAACGUGCAGUACUUGUUAUUCCGUCGAAUUGUCUUCAGGCAGCACCUUAACACCUAUAAGACAUACUUCUUCAGAACAGCUUAUUGAAUCUCUUAAACCAAACUAUAUAGAAGAAAAUUGCAGUGCUUCUAAUAAAAUGCCAUUACCCAUAGACAACAAGUUACUUUGCUCGCAGGAUAUUUUGACAGUUUCAAAAGAUCCUGCCCACUUAAUUCAUUCACCAGGAAGUAAUCAUUCUAGUGAAUUAUACGGCGAAACUGGAAGUUUCAAACAGGAUAUUUCAAAAGAGGCACUAUUGAUGUCUCUUGUUUGUCAAUCCGAUACAUGCUAUUCCCAAGAAGAAGAACAGGAGAAAUUAGUCGUUCAACCGAACAACAUAAUCGAUGAAAACGAAACUGUUGCGAAUCGAUGCGAUUUGCCUUCCAGUGUUAUUGAUGAGCAAUUUUUUACACCAUUACCAUCAGAUAACGAAACCGACAAUGAGAAGAGUGAUAAUGGAGUGGAUGAUAGAAUUUCUUCACAGGGUGACGCUUUUGUUUUAAUAUUAGAAUCAUCUAUGCAGUUUCUUUACAUACAUAAAUAGUCGUCAUCAAGUUUUCACACGACAAUUUUUUCACCCAUUCCAGAUGAACAAAUUGACAGUAAGGUAGAACAAAAAUCACUGCUUGCUCUCUCUCCAAAGUCGAGAAAGAUUAAACUUACGAUCAAUCCACUUUCCAUAUCAAAAAGUCCUACAUCAGCCAGGUAUGCAGCAUCAAUGCCACGUGAUCAUAGUUCGAGAAGUCCUAGAGAUAAUCCUCGCUCGCCUAAGACAGCAUCAAACCGCUGUAUAUCACAUUUGUCUGCUUCUCUGCUCGAAUCAUUGUUGGAUGAUUCUUUGUCAACUAUGCUAAUGUUGAACUGCAGUCAGACUUUAGAGAAUGAAACAUUUGUGCUUCAUGAAGGACGUGAUAAGUUAACUGCAAAUUCAACUACACUACCCACGGACAGUUCAUGGCAAAGUGAUCAAAGUUACGAUUUAAAUAAAAUUCCAGUACCCGAAAAUCUAAUACCUGGUCUUGAUCUGAGUGGUAUAAAUAACACUGAAGCAGAAACAGUUGCUGAAGAGAAUGAUUUUUCUUCGAAGUUGGAGGAAAUUAGUAGUCCGGUAGAAAUAAAGAAUGAUCUGGUCAAAUCACUAAAAUUAAUGCCGUCACAGUUCCGAUAUUAUUUGGGUGAUGAAGAAUGGGCUGUCUCAGAAAUCCAUUCAAUUAAUGAGCAGAUAUGGAAUUUGGCCAGGUUAAAACAGCCGUUAGAAAUAUUGAUCAGUGAUGAUUCAAGUGGAAUUAGAUCGCAGGAAGUACAAAUGAGGCAAAUGGUCGCGGAUCGAUGUUGUGAAAUUGCGAAAUGUUGUUUCAAGGAUGUUGGCCGUCGUCGAUAUAUGGGACUAGCAAAUAUCAAUUGUUUCCGUCCUCAAAAUCCAUUGCAUUUGGAAAGCAUCCUUCAAAAACAGUUUUCUAAAUAUUACGAAAGCAAUAAAUUCGAUACGAAGGAAAAGAAGCGUUGGGAAUUGUUAUCACGUGGCCGUAAUUCUGAUAUCGAAAAUAUCGUUUUGGAGGAGCUUUAUGCUGAACAAGAUAGUUGGGAAGAUGUAUUGGAAAAUUAUGAAGAUGAAAUCAAAGCUGAGCUAGUUGCUGAAUUAUGGCAUGAGCAGCUGCAUGAAUCGUUAUCAGCUGCCAUUAAUGUUUGA